AUGCAUGUUAGGCAAACAGUUGACAUCAACGACGAAGCUGGUGUUAGGAUCAACAAAAGUUUUCGAUCACUGGUUUGUGAGGCCGGUAGAUAUGAUAACAUAACCUUCAUUGAGCGGGAUGUUCGCAACUACAUUGGUAAACAAAGAAGGUCAUUGUGCAAGGAUGGGGAUGGACAAGCGUUGCUUCGACAUUUCUCACAAAUGAGAGAAUUGAACAACGACUUCUUUUUCGAUAUAGACAUGGACGAAAAUAACAGAAUAUGCAAUGUUUUUUGGGCCAAUGCAAAGAGUCGAGCGACAUGUCAAGAUUUUGGCGAUGUGGUGUCAUUUGACACUACCUACUUAACAAACAAAUACAAUAUGUCAUUUGCGCCUUUUGUGGGAGUCAAUCAUCAUGGGCAAUCAAUCUUGUUAGGUUGCGGUCUUGUUUCUUGUGAGGACACAAGUACGUUUGUCUGGCUUUUUGAGUGUUGGCGUCAAUGCAUGUUCAACGUCGAACCUGAUGGUAUCGUAACUGACCAGUGUAAGGCAAUGAUGAAUGCAAUUAAAGUGGUAUUUUCUAACACAAAACAUAGGUGGUGCUUGUGGCACAUCAUGAAAAAGGUGCUUGAGAAAUUGCAAGGGUAUACGAACUACAAACCUAUAAAGACGGAAUUGAAGAAACUUGUGUACGAUUCCAUCUGUGUUAAUGACUUGAAUGCAAAUGAAUGGUUGUCUACGUUGUAUGAUGAGAGACAUCGUUGGUACGACAAUGCAUUAAGGCAAAAGGCAGAAAAGGAGUUUGAAGCGGACUUCACAUCUGCGAAUACAACUGUUGCAUGUGGAUCUCAAUCACCAAUUGAAAGACAAUUUCAAUUAGAAUACACACACGCCAAAUUUAGUGAGAUUCAAAACGAAUUCAGGGGUAAGAUGAAUUGCUUCAUGAAGAGUGUAUCAAAAGAUGAAACUGCUUGGAAGUAUAUGGCCAAUGAAGAGUGGAUGUGGAAUGGGUAG